GGUUGGAGCAUAUGCGAAAUACACGAAAUAAUACAACACUGUUACGGUUGGAGUAGAGUGAAGGUGAAGGUGAACAAGUCAGAAACUGGUUCAGCUCUAAAGCUUUGAGAAUGUUUUUGAGUUGGACAUGGAGAGUCUUCGAAGUUGUUCUUACUGGCUACAGCUAUCAGAUUGUGACUGAAUAACAGAGUUAAGUGUUGCAAUUUUUCAAGAUAUGGAUAUUGCUCUUCUAGCUCUGAGGUUAUUUCAUGUUGAAAUUCGGAGACUUAUGUUGAUCGUCAGCCUGGUUGUUUCGUUUUUACUAGUUUCUCAGUGCUUUGCACUUCCAUAUGUGAGAACAUUUUACUUUUCAUCUGCAAAGAAGGAUUCAACUUCUAGCGUGGUUGACAAUGUUGCCAAUUCAAACAAUUUGGAAUCAGAAAAUUUUUAUGCGGUUGACAGUUUACCUUUUGAUGUUGAUGCUUCAGAAUUGGAGGAAGUGGGUGGGUAUGAAAAUGAAUUUAAACAAGUAGAUGCCGUCUAUAAAUUAGCACCAGAUACUGAUAGCAAUUCACACAAGGAGCUCAUCUUUGGUAAUAUUGUAAGUGUUGGGGGUAGAGCCCAAACUGGAGCUCAUAGAAGCAUAGAUAAUAUUUCCACAAUGGAAAAGGCUACAGAUUCCUUAGCCAAGGCUAUAAAGAUAACUGAUAAUCAUGAGAUAGGCAAUGCUUCUAAGACAAGUUUGAGUUCGAUAUCUAGUGAAGCUAGAAACAAAGCUGUUUCAGGUGUAUCGCAAGGAGUCUUCAUGAAGGGCAUGAGAAACUUGAAUUCAGAUGCAGUGGGCAAUGACAAAAAAACUAUAGAAAGAAGAAAUGAGGAAAAGGAGACUGAGCUAUUGCGAUCUGAUUUACCUACCUUGAAUGAUAGUUUGACAGCAGCUAGUACUUCUGUGUCAAUGAGGUGGGCAAAGCAAGCAACAACAAUAUAUGAAAUGAAGUCACUGUUACUUCAGAGUCCUUUGUCUUCUAAUUCAAUGAGGCCACGAGUGUCAUCUGUACGGGAUCGUGAACUCCUAUCUGCUAAAUUGGAGAUUGAGAAUGCUCCUGUGAUAAGAAAUAGUCCAGGACUUGCAGCUUCUGUUUUCCGGAAUGUUUCCAUGUUUAAAAGGAGUUAUGAACUGAUGGAACGCAUUCUCAAAGUUUAUGUCUAUAAGGAAGGAGAGAAGCCUGUAUUUCAUAAUCCUCGGAUGAGGGGGAUUUAUGCUUCAGAAGGAUGGUUUAUGAAACUAAUGGAGGGAAACAAAAAAUUUGUUGUGAAGGAUCCUAAGAAAGCUCAUUUGUUUUAUUUACCUUUUAGCUCACAAAUGCUAAGGAUUGCAUUGUCUGGACAAAAUUACAAUGGAAUGAAGGAUCUUGAGAGAUAUCUGAAGAGCUAUGUAGAGCUGAUUGCAGGAAAAUAUCGUUUCUGGAACAGAACUGGAGGAGCAGAUCAUUUUCUUGUUGCUUGUCAUGAUUGGGCCUCCCAAAUCACAAGGCAGUACACGAGGAACUGCAUUAGGGCUCUUUGCAAUGCCAAUAUUGGUAAAGGCUUCAAACUUGGCAAGGACACUACUCUACCUGUUACUUAUAUACGAUCUAUGAUGGACCCACUCAAGGAUGUUGGAGGCAAACCUGCUUCAGAAAGAUCAAUUCUUGCCUUCUUUGCAGGGAGUUUACAUGGCUAUCUUCGACCCUUUCUGCUUCAUUACUGGGAAAAUAAAGAAGAAGACAUGAAAAUCUUUGGCCCAAUGUCACGUGACAUUGAGGGCAAGAGACUUUACAGGGAGUAUAUGAAAAGCAGCAAGUAUUGCAUAUGUGCCAGGGGUUAUGAGGUUCACACACCUAGAGUUGUCGAGUCUAUCUUUUAUGAGUGUGUGCCUGUUAUCAUAUCAGAUAAUUAUGUGCCUCCUUUCUUUGAGGUAUUAAAAUGGGAGGAAUUUGCAGUGUUUAUUCAAGAGAAAGAUGUCCCUAAUCUGCGAAACAUUCUGCUCUCAAUCCCCCAGAAGAAGUAUGUCGCAAUGCAUUCAAGAGUUAAAAUGGUGCAACAGCAUUUCUUUUGGCACAAGAACCCUGUGAAGUAUGACUUAUUUCAUAUGAUACUGCAUUCAAUUUGGUACAAUAGAGUUGAUCAGGUGAGAACCAAAUGAAGAUUGAUAGAGUUUCAAAUCUCUCUGGUACUGGAAAACAAGGCAAACUAGUGGCAAGUUCUGUGGAUGGUGUAAGAAACCAGAUCCACAGAGGCUGGCCAAAGCAUGCUCACCAUCCAUGUAAAAUUGUAGACGGUUUGAGCUAACAAUGAAUCCUUGUAUUCAGUUUGAUUCCUGUCCUUACGCAGCUCAUGAUCUUGCUUUUGUUUAUUCGUUGUAGUAGUCUUGAAAUUUAUUUAUUUAUUUAUUUUUUGUGAAA